ACACUAUCAGCAGCAGCAGCACUGGGGUGUCCACAGGUGAUCGUCGGAUCUCUCUGACGCGGGUAAAACAGCAUUCCGCAAAUGUUUCGGCGGACCGUAGCGGCUCUCGGCGCACAAUGGCCGCGGCGAAUGGAGACUCGUCGGACAGCUGCUCAUUUCACCUUCACACCGAACCAGACUCAGCCUCCGGUGCAAGGGAACUCGGAGAAGCUCAACAUGUAUCAGAGUAUAACUAGUGCCCUGGACAUCGCGCUGAGUAAAGACCCGACGGCAGUGAUUUUCGGAGAAGAUGUGGCGUUCGGGGGAGUAUUCCGCUGCACUGUGGGCCUUCAGGAAAAAUAUGGGUCCGACAGAGUUUUCAACACUCCUCUGUGCGAGCAGGGAAUCGCCGGCUUCGCAAUCGGCGUCGCGGUCAGCGGUUCAACGGCUAUCGCCGAAAUGCAAUUCGCUGAUUACAUUUUUCCCGCUUUCGACCAGAUUGUUAAUGAAGCGGCCAAGUUUCGAUAUCGUACCGGCAAUCAGUUUGACGUCGGCUCCUUGACGAUCCGAACUCCGUGCGGGGCCGUUGGUCAUGGCGCUCUGUACCAUUCCCAGAUGACCGAGGGGUAUUUCGCUCAUUGUCCGGGUCUGAAGCUAGUCAUCCCGAGAGGUCCGACCCAGGCCAAGGGUCUUCUACUCUCAUGCAUAAGGGAUCCCAACCCUUGUAUAUUUUUCGAACCGAAAAUUCUCUAUCGAUUGUCGCAAGAAGAAGUUCCCGUGGACGACUUUUCCAUACCGUUAUCCCAGGCGGAAGUCGUUCGACCCGGCAAGGAUAUCACAAUCGUCUCGUGGGGUACGCAAGUUCACGUGGCCAACGAGGUUUGCGAUCUGGCGGAGAAGGAGGGGAUCGAAUGCGAACUCAUCGAUCUACAGACCAUUCUGCCCUGGGAUAAAAAAACCGUCGCCGAGUCCGUCAAGAGAACCGGACGGCUGAUCGUCACUCACGAAGCCUCGCUCACCGCCGGCUUCGGCGCGGAAAUCGCCGCAUCGAUACAGGAAGAAUGCUUCCUGUAUCUGGAAUCUCCCGUGAAGCGGGUCACCGGUUAUGACACCCCGUUCCCGCACGUCUUCGAGCCGUUUUACCUCCCCACGAAGUGGAAGCUUCUGGACGCCGUCAGGAAAUCUCUCAAGUAUUGACACUCGUCGUUAGAAGGCUUUAUCCAUUGACCAUAAUCAUCCCAAAGACUUGGGAAGAGCUUCUUUGGAACUAUGAGUCUUUUCAUCUUUGUGCAAAGGACUGAAGUUUUACAGACUCAAUUUUUACCGAUGGACUGACAAUGAGUAGCGGCAUUGUCUUAUGCAAUAAAAUGUUUUUUACUG